GAAACCAGGGAAAGCUGCAGAAUGGCGAGGAAAGGCAGAGAGACGCCUAGGAAGGAUAAGACGGGAGGAGGGAGUUGGGGAGGGAGGGGAGAGGGGAGAGAGCUGAUCACGGACGUCAGGAACAAAAGCUCCAGCGGAGCCUGGCGAAAGCACUAAGGGAGCAUGGGGUGUUUUGAAUAAUUAUUAAAAUUAGCAUGUGUCUGCGCCAUCCUGUGGGUGUGGCGCAGAGAGGAGUGUAAACUCUAGCGGGGCUGGAGCAAACAUUGGAUUAGCGGCAGCAGCCUGCCAACCUGCCCGUGGAGUGCGGGGACCAGCGCGCUGCACGCCGACUAGCACGAUGGCCUCGUCUCAGGGGAAAAACGAGCUGAAAUUAGCCGACUGGAUGGCAACUCUGCCGGAGAGCAUCCACAGCAUCCCCCUCACCAAUUUAGCCAUUCCAGGGUCUCACGAUUCCUUCAGCUUCUACAUUGAUGAAGCCUCUCCAGUAGGUCCUGAACAGCCAGAAACUGUCCAGAAUUUUGUCUCUGUGUUUGGAACUGUGGCCAAAAAGCUCAUGCGGAAAUGGUUAGCCACUCAGACAAUGAAUUUUACUGGUCAGCUAGGAGCUGGGAUUCGUUAUUUUGAUCUUCGAAUUUCCACCAAGCCCAGAGACCCCGACAAUGAACUCUAUUUUGCUCAUGGUUUGUUCAGUGCCAAAGUCAAUGAAGGCCUUGAGGAGAUCAAUGCAUUCCUCACAGAUCACCAUAAGGAGGUAGUGUUCUUGGACUUCAACCACUUUUAUGGGAUGCAGAAAUAUCACCAUGAAAAACUAGUCCAAAUGCUGAAAGACAUCUAUGGAAAUAAAAUGUGCCCAGCGAUUUUUGCCCAAGAAGUUAGUUUAAAGUACCUGUGGGAGAAGGACUAUCAAGUGCUGGUCUUCUACCAUAGUCCAGUGGCUCUGGAAGUGCCCUUUCUGUGGCCUGGGCAGAUGAUGCCAGCACCCUGGGCCAACACCACAGACCCCGAGAAACUGAUCCAGUUUCUUCAAGCAUCCAUCACUGAGAGAAGAAAGAAGGGCUCAUUUUUUAUAUCUCAGGUGGUGCUGACUCCCAAAGCUAGCACUGUGGUCAAAGGGGUGGCAAGUGGCCUCAGAGAAACAAUCACAGAAAGAGCUCUUCCUGCCAUGAUGCAGUGGGUCCGCAUGCAGAAGCCAGGAGAGAGUGGCAUCAAUAUUGUCACUGCUGAUUUUGUAGAACUUGGUGACUUUAUCAGCACUGUCAUAAAGCUCAACUAUGUCUUUGAUGAAGGAGAAGCCAACACUUGAUAGCACUACUUGGAAUUUCCAUGAAUAAGACGGAGAAGACUCAUUGUAUUAGGCAUUAUCUGUAAACACUCUGAUCUUCCUAUUCUACUAAGUCCCUGAAGGGAAUAGAGCUGGUAGUGGGUGGGAAAAGGGGAAAACUAUUUCUUCAUUGAUUACAAGCAUACUCUUCAUGACUAUAAAUAUUUCAUUUCCCAUUUGAUGAGUGAAAUCUACUUCUAGUGUUAGGGAU